CUCACGGGACGCCCCAGCCCAAUUCUGCGACCGUGUAGAUAUAAGGGUACGUCGUCAUUGAGCAUCCCCAUCCCUCGCUCUCUUUCCUGCCUGGGUUCUUUUAGUCGACUCGCCAUGUCUCUAUCGUCAUUCCUCUCUUACCUCCUCAGUUUUCUGUGGCCAGCGUCGCCUCCAGCUCCGCCAGAGUACAUCCCGCCAUCUGUCACGGAAGAAGAUCUCGAUUAUGCCUCCCUCGCCAUCAUCGAUCUGUCCAAAGCCGCCACCCCCGAAGGCCGCAAGGAGCUCGCCGUCGAAGUCUCGGAGGCGCUGCGUAGUCAAGGGUUCUUCUACGUGAUCAACCAUGGGUAUACCCAAGAGCAAACGAACCGUAUCUUUUCCAUCGCCGAUGUCACCUUCGAAGAGGUCUCCGAGCGCGAGAAGCGCGCGUACUCCAUGAAAUCGCAAUCCGUCUACCAGGGCUACAAACCAAAGCAGACUUGGAACCUUGCCUCAGGCGUACGCGACCAGAUCGAGCACUACAACAUCAACCACCGUGUCAAUCGCGCCGCCCAUCCCACCGCCCUUCGCCCCUAUAUGAACGAGGUCGACGACUUCGCGCGACAUUGCCACUUCAACAUCCUUUACCCCAUUCUAAGACUGCUCGCGCUCGGUCUUGAAUUGCCGGAGGACACGCUCGUCAACCAGCACAAGUUCGAGGACGUUGGCGAGUCCUCUGUCCGCUUCAUGAAGUACCACCCGCGCACGGACUACGAGGAGCUGAAGACGAAGAACGUGUGGCUGAAGGGCCAUACCGACAUCGGCUCUAUCACGAUUCUUUGGUCUCAGCCCGUCGGUGGACUUCAGAUUCUCUCGCCGGACGGACAGUGGCGCUGGGUGCGCCACAUCGACAACGCGCUGGUCAUCAACGCCGGCGACGUCAUGGAGUUCCUCUGCGGCGGCUACUACCCCUCCACCCGCCACCGCGUCGUCCUCCCGCCCUCCGACCAGCGCAACAUUGCCCGCCUCGGCGUCUUCUACUUCGCGAUGGCCGCCGACCACAUGCGGCUUACGCCCCACGAGGAAAGCGAGGUGCUGAAGAGGGUUGGCGUUCGCCGUCUCUGCCCUCCGGGCAAGGAGCCGACGAUGGAGGAGUGGCGCACGCACCGGACGAAGAGCUAUGGGGCGGUGGAGCUGACGCAGGGUCGGGAGAAGAACGUCGAGGAGGAAAUCGUGCAUGGUGUCGUGGUGAAGCAUUACAACUGAUCGCACAUGUUCCUCGGGAUGGUGAUUUACUGAAAUUACGUAGAGGCUAGGUAGGAAUCGCGGUGUGUACUUGUAUCGCACGUUAUGCAUAUUUUUCCUAUGUAAAUCGUAAGCUUGCUUGCCGGGU